GUUGUGAUGGAUAAUGAAUUACUCAGUACAAUAUCAAAUCCACAGGGCAUCGUCACUGGAAUAAAAUUUCGCGGCAUCGAUAACUUGCUUGAAGUUCGUAAUCUGAAUGAUAGAGGUUACUGGGACCUGGUCUGGAGUGAGCAAGGAACCAAAGGGACAAAGGGGACAAUUGAUAGGAUUGAAGCCACAAAUUUUACAGUGAUAGUGGAAAAGGAGGAGCAGGUGGAGCUCUCAUUUUCCAGGAUUUGGAAUUCCUCCCUUGAAGGAGAGGUCGUACCUUUAAAUAUUGAUAAAAGGUUCAUAAUGCUUCGCGGUUCUUCAGGUUUCUACUCCUAUGCUAUUUUCGAAUACUUGGACGAUUGGCCUCCUUUUAACAUAGACAAUAUCAGGAUGGCAUUCAAGCUCAAUCAAGACAACUUUCACUACAUGGUCAUAGCAGACGACAGGCAAAGAUACAUGCCACUCCCUGAAGACCGCUCACCAGAAAGAGGUCAAGAACUGGCCUAUCCAGAGGCGGUUCUCCUUGUAAAUCCUGUGGAACCAGAAUUUAAAGGGGAGGUGGAUGAUAAGUACGAGUACUCAUGUAGGAGCCAAGAUAUUUGGGUCCAUGGCUGGAUAUCAAACAAACCGCCUGUGGGGUUUUGGCAAAUAUCACCUAGUAUGGAGUCUCGAUCGGCUGGACCACUCAAACAGUUUCUAGCCUCUCAUGUCGGCCCCACUACUCUUGCGCUUUUUCACAGUGUUCAUUAUUCGGGAGGGGAUCUGGUACUAAGAUUUAAAAAAGGUGAACCAUGGAAGAAAGUUUUCGGCCCUGUUUUUAUCUAUGUUAAUUCUCUCUUGGAAGGAGAUGAUCCACUACAGCUCUGGCAGGAUGCUAAACAGCAGAUGAUGAGUCAAGUUCAAGACUGGCCCUAUGAUUUCCCAGCUUCGGAAGAUUUUCCUAAAUUUGAACAACGGGGCAGUGUCAGCGGUAGAUUAGUAGUCCACGAUAGGUACGCUAGUAAUGAAUCCAAACCCGCAGAUGGUGCUUACGUGGGCUUGGCACUUCCGGGAGAGGCUGGAUCUUGGCAAAGAGAAUGCAAGGGUUAUCAAUUCUGGACCAGAGCGGAUGAAAAUGGCAACUUCUCGAUUUAUAAUAUUAGAACUGGCAACUAUAGUCUAUAUGCAUCAGUCCCUGGUUUUAUUGGAGAUUACAGAUAUGAUGCUAACAUAACCAUAACCGAAAAGUCUAAUAUUGAAUUGGGUGAUCUUGUGUAUGAACCUCCAAGAGAUGGCCCAACAUUGUGGGAAAUAGGCAUUCCUGAUCGCUCUGCUGCAGAAUUCUAUGUUCCGGACCCAAAUCCUAAGUAUAUAAACAAAUUAUAUUUGAAUCAUUCUGACAGGUAUAGGCAGUAUGGACUAUGGGAAAGAUAUGCAGAGCUAUACCCUGAUGGAGAUUUGAACUACAAAGUCAACUAUAGUAACUAUACUAAAGAUUGGUUUUUUGCGCAGGUUACAAGGAAAAAAGACAAUGCAACAUACGAAGCAACUACAUGGCAAAUCAAUUUUAAACUUGACAAUGUAAACGCGACUGCAACAUAUAAACUGCGAUUGGCCUUAGCUAGUGCCCAUGAAUCUAACUUGCAGGUCCGGAUUAAUGAUCCUGUGGUAAAACCUGCUCUAUUUUCGACUGGGAUAAUAGGGAAGGAGAACACAAUUGCAAGACACGGAAUAUAUGGCCUUUAUUGGUUGUACAACGUGGAUUUGCCAGGGGCUAAGCUUCUUCAAGGAAAUAAUAUAAUUUUUCUUACUCAAACUCAGAGCACCAGCCCUUUCCAAGGGAUCAUGUAUGAUUAUAUUCGUUUAGAAGGUCCUCCCGACUUCUAAUUCCACCAGCCAUAAUUCUUUCUUUUUUCUCAUCGCUGCAAAUUAUUCAUCAAAUUGUAAAUCUGUUGUUUUUGCAUUCAAAAUAAAUGA